AUGCCGCCUUUCGUUCCCCGCAAGCGCUCCCUCUCCCCCCGGGACCAGACGACGCCGCCGACCAAACGCCCCGCGCUCGAUCAGGAGGUGACCAAGCUCCUCAGCAGCUCCGAUAAGUCGUCCUUGAGCGACGUGUCAAGUGUCGUGGAAGAUGACAGCAACAAAAAGCCUGUGAAAAUUGAAAGGGACAACGAUGAGGAUGGCGAAAAUGAUGAGGAUGACGACAACGAGGAUGGGGUCGACUGGGAGGACGCGAUGAAGACAACAAACGGUGGCCCCGUAUCGCACACCACUCCAGUCCAGGAUCUUGAAUUGACCCUGGAUCCAAGGGCCAACCGUCCAUCUAUGACUCUGCUUGACAACAAAAAGGGCCCGAGCAAGAUAGAGCGCGAGAUCCGAAUUAACACCCAUCGCGUCCACGUCCAGUGUCUCCUCUUCCACAACGCGCUGCGCAACGCCUGGAUCAACGACUCGUCCCUCCAUGACAUUCUACGCCGCCAAUUACCUGCAGAGAUCCAGAAGGAGGUACAGAAAUGGCGCGUCGCCUCUGCCUUGGAGCCACCUCCACCACAACCCCCACCAGAGGAGGAGGCUGGCAGCAAAUCGAAGUCUGCGAAAAAGGGGAAGAAUAAACGGUCGAGUCGCGCUGACCGCGACUGGAGCGAUGGUGCGUCACAGCUAGAACCCGGGCAGCCUGACAUGAAUCGGGGAGAUCCUAUCCUGUCGCUACUGCGCGUCUUAGCGGCCUACUGGAAGAAACACUUUAGGAUCACGGCCCCUGGACUGCGCAAACACGGAUAUCGCCCUAUCCAUGUUGUGGAGGAUAUCGUAACGUCUUUUCAGAAAGGAGAACAUGACCCCAUCCGGCAUGGAGAACGGAUCCGCGACCGUGACGAAUUCCGCGCGCUGGCAGAGCGCUGCGAGGGCUCUCGGGACGUGGGCGCACAGCUAUUCACGGCUCUAUUAAGGGCAUUAGGUAUCGAGGCUCGUUUAGUUGCCAGUCUCCAGCCCUUGGGCUUUGGCUGGACAAAGGCCGAAGUCGAUACCACGGAGCCCGCUAAGGACCAAGCAGAGACGAAUGAUGCUUCAUCCAGCAGUGGCGAUGAUAACGAUGACGAUGACGACGAUGAUGACGGUACUCCCACAGAGAAGACCCCUCGUCAGCGUUCCAAUUAUGACCGCGAUCUCCCAUUCCCUAUCUACUGGACGGAGGUCAUCUCCCCGAUUACCCACGAAGUCAUUCCAGUCGAUCCGCUCGUGUUGCCCAACCCGGUAGCCACCACUCCUGAACUCGUCGCAGCGUUCGAGCCCCGCGGCGCGCGGGCAGAAAAGGUCAAGCAGGUCAUUGCCUAUGUUGUUGCCCACUCUGCCGACGGGACGGCCAAGGACGUGACAACGCGAUAUCUGCGACGAAAGACCUGGCCUGGCAAGACCAAGGGAUACCGCCUGCCUGUGGAAAAGAUCACUGCAAAGCCGCUACGACAGGGUGGACCAGCGCUAACCUACGACUACGAUUGGUUCAAAGUGACUAUGAGAGGAUACAUGCGUUCGCAGAACCAGCGGACUAUCGUGGACGACGUGGAAGACGCUAAGGACCUGGUUGCCAACCAACCCGAACGGAAACCUGCCAAAAAGGAAGGCGACACCCUUCAGAGCCUACGGAAUUCGACGGAGUUCGUGCUGGAGCGUUUCCUGCGCCGGGAUGAAGCGCUCCGCCCUGGCGCGCAGCCUGUGCGGACAAUUGUCACCGGGAAAGGCGACAAGGCUAAGGAAGAGAAGGUCUAUCGGCGUGCGGACGUGCUCAAGUGUAUGUCCGCCGAGAGCUGGCACAAGGAGGGUCGACGGCCGCGGAAGGGCGAAGUACCACUGAAGCGAGUGCCCAUCAGGGCCGUGACGCUGCUGCGCCAGCUCGAGGUAGACGCGGUGGAGCGUGAGACGGGCGAAAGGCCGCUGCAGGGGCUGUACGCCCGUUACCAGACGGAAUGGAUCAUCCCUCCCCCGAUUGUAGAUGGCAAAAUUCCGAAGAACGAGUACGGCAACAUCGACUGCUUCGUGCCCAGCAUGGUGCCGAAGGGGGCAGUGCACAUCCCCUGGAACGGAACAGUACGCAUCUGCCGGAAGCUAGGCAUUGACUAUGCGGAGGCAGUGACAGGCUUCGAGUUUGGGUCGAAGAUGGCGGUGCCAGUGAUCGAAGGAGUAGUGGUGGCAGAAGAAAAUGCGGAGCUGGUGAAAGAUGCGUGGCGGGCGGAGCAACAGGCAAAGCGGGAAAAAGAACGCUUGCAGCAGGAGAAGCGCAUCCUACAGACGUGGCGCAAGUUCCUCAUGGGGUUGCGCAUUGCGGAGCGUGUGCGCGCAGAAUAUGGACUGCACGGAGAUAUGGAGAUCGAUAAUCCGUUUCAAAGGAAGCCUCCCCCGGGCCGGCCUGCUGGUCAGUCAGCGCCAUUGACAGAGCAUGCAGGCGGGGAUGAGAAUGAGGAUCAAGUCGACCAGGGCGGAGGCUUCCUACUGCCUGGACAGGAUGACGAUGACGCUGACGGUGAUCGAGACGGACAUCUGAUCGUGGAACGAGAUGCGGGGAAACGACUUCAGCAUGCUCAGACGACAGAUGAUGGCGCCGAGGAGGAUCCAAAGGUCAACAACAAUGAUGACGACGACUCGGAACUGAGCGAGCUGUCGACCCCUGGAGAGGAGGAAGAUGCCGAGGAUGAAUACAAUCCUGAUCCACGGCCAUCUUCGCAACGGAGACGGAGACGAGGGGGUGGUACGCAUUAUGUAGCAUACAUUGAUGACAUUCCGGUCUAG